CAUUCGCAAAGGAAAGUAAUUAAACACCUUUAAUUUGUGUUCCCCGCCCAAAUGGCGGACGAUAGUUUCUCCAUAGAUAGUGGCAACUCGUGGUGUAACCUUAUUUUGGUCAUUAUCAUCUUCUUCAUCUUCUUUUCGAUAUAUAAAACCCGUGAGCUCCCAAGUAUCCAUGUCGAAGAAUUUUACGUUCCCACCUUUAACUCCACCGCCGAUUCCACCACAACCAACAACACCAUCUAUAUCAACCUCAGACUCAAAAAUAGGAAUCCUGUAACUGGCUUGUACUAUGACGAUCCUCUCUAUUUCAACAUAUCUUUCGUCCCCAAGGACCAAACAAAAGCCAUCUCUUUAGCUGAAUUUGGGCUGCAUGGAUUCUACCAAGGUAAUGGAAAGGCUAAACACGUCAAAGGCCUGCUGAUGACCCGUGGUUUGCCACUGGUGGGAUCACCGGGCUCAAACGGGACAAAUAAUGAGACUCGAUCAGUGCCCCCACCACCAGGGGUUUUCAGAGUUGAUUUCUUUGGAAAAGUGAGGUACAAGUUAGUUGGGUACCACCAGAGACAUCCCAUGUUGUUGGCAGCUAAUGUGGUGGUCGAUGACAAAACUGGUGUAAAAGUUGGAAACAAAGCUAUUAGACUGGUGAAAUCCGGUGCUAGCGAUCUUAGACGAACGAUGCUUUUCCCUGGGUCUAUUUUGUUUGGCAUGCUACUUAUUUAAUUAGAUGUGAUACUUUUUGUUUUUGCUGGAAUGGUUUUUCCUUGUUUGUUACGUUAAAUCUUUAAUUUGCACUUGGAUUUUAUUUGCAACUCUUAAUAUAUAUGGGUUCAAAGUUGGUCUUUGGUUUGUCAAA